GAGGCAGCCCGGCGGGCGGCCGCCCCGCGGGCGCCAGGGAGUGGCUGACGGACGAGGCGAUCAGCGCCGGCAAGGUGCGGGCCGGGCAGCCCCGGGAGCUGCAGCGCUGGGAGGACUCGGAGAACAGCGCCCCUGCAGAGGGCGGGCUCCUGGAGCUAGAGAAGUCGUCGAGGCUCAGCCGCCAGGGGCAGCAGGGCGACGCGGGGAAGUGGGACCAGUUCAAGGUCAACUACGAGCUCUUCGGCGUCGUCUCGACGUUCAAGGAUGACCUGUCGCAGUACACCACGCCCCUGCGCAAGGACAAGAUCACCCCCGAGAUGCGCAGGAAGGCGGACCGGCUCGCCCAGGAGAUCGAGAAGGGCGCGUCGGCCCGGGGCCAGACAUGGAACGACGCUUUCAGCGACGGAGAAGGCGGCGACGGCGAGAACGAGGAAGACCUCUUCUCAGCAUGCCCCCGAAACUACGGGGACGCUGGCGCCGCCAGCUCUUACCAGCACCCCGCCGGACAGAAGCAGACCUGGAGGCCGGCGAAGGCCCCCGAGGAGGAGAUCGGAUGCCCAAGGCAGAGCCGACCACGGUGGGCGGGGCGCUCCUGGGGAUGCUCCGCGCGGGCGCGCCCAGCGGCACAGAGGCCGCGCAGGGCGACUACCGCACGCAGGUGGCGCCGAAGGUCCAGGCCUGGUGGCGAGCCAGGCGCCAGGCGGGCGACGCCGUGCCCCCCGGGGCCGAGGCGGGCCUGGUGUGCCCCUUCUCCCUCCGGGUCUUCGGCGACGCCACGCAGCUCCUCAUGCACUGGGCCGCCGCGCUGCCGCGCCCGGAGGCGCCCACGGCCUCGCCCGCCGCGACGGCGCAGUUUCGCGCCGCCGGCGGCGAGCUGCGGUGGGCCGACCUCGUGGCGGCCACGGCGGGAGUGGCCGCGGCGCUACCGGUCGAGAUGCCGCGGGCAGGCUCCGUCUGGGAGCAGGUCCUCACGCGCAUGCGCCCAGCCGCGGACGAGCCGAAGCAGCACCUCCCCGUGGGCGACUUCGUGGCCUCCGCGGUGGCCAUCAAGUGCUGGCGGCGCGACCAGAAGGUCGAGCACAGAGAGGUGCUGGAGGCCCUCGCCGCGGGCCUCGCCUUCCACGUCCUCGCGAGCGGGCGCGCGUGGACUCCCGACCCCUGACCCGCGGCGGCGGUUUCUCCGGGAGGGCUAG